AUGUCAAAAGCUCAGGGAUACUUACGCCCGUAUCGCGGGAGUGAGGAUGACUUCGAGACAUUUUGGGCCAAAUUCGAAGUGCUCGCGACGAUCAAGGAAUGGGAUUCCGACGAGAAGAAAAUGCCGCAGCUACCGCUGUUUCUGGAGAAGGACGCUUUCCUUGUCUUCAACAGGAUGUCCGCGGACGACAGGAAGAGCUCCGCAGCAGUGAAGAAGAAGAUGCAGGAGGCGUUCUGUGUCACACGAGCGCGAGCUUUCAGCUUGCUGACGAGUCGGACGUUGAAGAUGGACGAGUCGCCCGACGCAUUUGUUGCGGACCUGCAGCGUCUGGGCAAACUAGCUGGACAAGAGUCCAGCGAUAAGGAUGACAACAGUGUCAUCGUCGAGCAGCUAAUGGCCGGUAUUCCGUCUUCUUGGUCUCGCCAAAUUCGUCUGUCGAUGGCAGGAAAGGCGCUCACGGUGAGUGGGUGCUUAGAACUAGUCCGAGCCCUCAAGUUUAGUGACGACGGUCGAUCUAGCAGUGCGGAGUAUGGAACUGGAAGCGCGGCUGCGCUUGGCCCUGCUUCGAGUUCGAAACCGACGAAGAAUGUGAUAUGCUUCCGAUGCAAGGAGCAAGGCCACAUGAAACGUGAUUGCCCGCAGGGUCAGCGCAAGCAGCCUGGACCAUCGACUAGCUCGAGUCGCGCACGCGGAAUUACGUGCUUCUUUUGUGACAAGAAUGGACACCGUAAGGCUGAUUGUCCUGAACGGAAGGCCUGGCAGGCCACGCAGUCAAGUAAGGGCACUGCCGCGGCUGCCGCCGAGAUCGACGAUGCUGCGCUCUGUUCUGUUGCUGUACCAGCGCUGACUGCAGGUGCCAGGCUCACUAGGAUUUAUGUUGAUGUCUGGAAGAGGGGCAGUCGGGACAGUGCGCAACGAAAGGUGGCGGUCAUCGACACUGGAGCCACAAGAACGCUGAUGACCAAGCAAUGUGCUAUGGAUGGAGUACUGCAGUUGGCUGAGUCUGGCAGUCACAUCAUUGCCCUAGAUGGCCAGCCACUGGGCAUCAUUGGCAAGGCCAGCGUGUGUGUAGGACGACUGGACGGGUCAACCCCAGUUGCCAUGCCGGACACAGAGGUUGAGGUGUUGGUGGUGAAGGACCUGUCCGUGGUACGUGCCGAUUUGCUCAUUGGAUCGGACGUCGUCAGCCGGUGCAGGGGUCUACGUCUCAGCUAUGAUGAUGACGGCGAGCUGGAGCGAGUGAGGUUUGGCACUGAUGCGUGUGCUGCGUCUGCCGUGCAUACCAAGCCUGUAGCCAAGUGCCAGGAAGCACAUCCGUCAAGGCAUGUUCGGGUCACCCAAGAUGGCGACAACGUGACGUUGUGUGUAGACGACGGUGAGGUGCGUUGGUGCCAUGACACGAAGCGUUGGGUGCUGAAGUGGGUGUGGAAAAAUGGAAAGGCCCCACAGCACCCAGUCGGCCACGGCAUCGGGCAAUACCCACGGGAAUCGCUGACUGCAGAGCAAGAGCAGCUAUUCUGCCACGAGGUGGACACCUGGGUGGAAAAUGGCUGGCUCGUCGAGCACGAUGAAGCCGUACACGGAGCGAUCGCCGGCGUGUUGCCACUGCUCGCGCAUACUCAGGAGCAUAAGGCCAGUACGCCAGUUCGGCCAUGUUUAGAUUAUCGCGGCGUGAACAAGCUGAUCCAAUCGCAACCGGGCUACGAGGCUCCCGUCUGCGCGGAGAAGAUCAGGAAGUGGCGGCAGACUAGCGGUGGUGAGUGGAAGAUGCUCGAUAUCAAGAAGGCCUACCUCCAGGUACACGUCAGCCCAGAGCUUGCACGAUAUCAAGCUGUGCUGUGGAAGGAGAAAGUCUAUCUCAUGACGAGAAUGGGCUUCGGCCUAGCGAUUGCGCCUAAGAUCAUGCACAUGAUUGUGCAGUGGGUCACCCGCAACCACCCAUCGGUUGACAACUAUGUCGACGAUAUCCGCACCCCGGCUGGAGAAACGGAGCAGGUUGCCGCUGAGUUGGCUGCAUAUGGCCUGCCAACAAAGCCAGCUGAGCCACUGACGAAAUCCCGUGUGCUUGGCAUGCAGCUCAGGAACGAUGACGACAACGACUGCAGGACCCAAUGGACUAGAAGGGACAUCGACCUGGAGCCACCGCCCAAGCUGACCAAACGUAGCUUGUUCGCAUGGUGUGGGCGACUAAUAGGCCACUACCCUGUAUGCUCUUGGCUACGACCUGCGUGCAGCUAUCUCAAGCGGUUGGCCAGUCCAGAGGGAAGCGCGUGGGACGAUCCGGUAUCCCAAGCUGCAGUGCAAUGCUGUGCCAACUUGUGUAUGAAGCUUGCUGAGGACGACCCAGUCCAUGGCUACUGGGAUGUGGUGGUGGACGACGACUCGGUCUGGACGGUCUGGUGUGACGCGUCCGACCUCGCAACCGGUGUUGUCCUGGAGCUGCACGACGAAGUCAUAGAGGACGCCUGCUGGCUGGGGCCAAAGCAGGACAAGCGUCAUGUCAACGUGGCUGAACUCGACUCAGCAAUCAAGGGCCUGAGUCUCGUAACCAAGUGGAAGGCUAAGCGUGUGAAGCUGGUGACCGACUCAAAAACAGUGGCAGGGUGGCUGACCCAAGUUGCCGAUGGCACACGGCGUGUGCGAGCUGGUGGCCUGUAUGAAGUUCUCGUGCAACGCCGACUGCAAAUCGUGGACGACCUCAUCGCAACAACUGGCUUGCAGGUCCAGGUCGUCUGGGUGCCGACAUAUCAGAACGUGGCGGAUAAGAUGACCCGUGUGCCAUUUCGCUGCCCCAAGACGAGCAACGACGUGGCAGCCGCUGUACCGGCUGGUUCCGCUCCUGUCGAGCUGGCGGGGGUGAAGCAGGCGCAGCAAAACGACGGCCAGGUACGUGCCGUCAUGGAACAAAAGUCGGUGGGCAUGCCUGUGACAGAUGACGACUUCAAGGCAGUGCGUUCCCAGCUCUGCAUCAAAGAUGACCUUCUCUGCCGGAGUGUGAAGGUCCCUGCUGACGGUGUGGUACUCGUACCAGUUCUUCCUGGCGAGAUGGAAGAUGGCGUCAUUCGAGCGGCCCAUGCCGGGUCUGGCCAUGCAUCGUGGCAGACGUCUAUGAGAUCCUACGCCAGAAGUGUUACUUUCCGCACAUGGCUGAGAAGUGCCAGCAGUACGUCAGCCAGUGCCAGCAGUGUCGUGCAGCCAACAGCUCCGGAAGUCAGUCCGUGUCGCCAACUCGACACGAGAUUCCUGGGAGCCCGUGGAGCACAGUCGUGA